AUGAGCAGUCAAGCCAUCAUCGUCCGCCCCCAUGUUUCUAAUGCCCUCGUUCGUGAAGCCCACUGGGGGAAGCCAGCCUCAGCGAUCCCAUUUCUUGGACGAACACUGAACGAAUUAUACGACUCGCUCGGCACGGUCGCGGGGACUGUCGCGAGUCGUGCUGCCCAUCGACUGGGGCUGGGCCCAUUCCCGGUUGCCGAACGCAUCACGCACUAUUUCGAAAGCGAUGGAGCAGAGGAGAGGGAGCGGAAGAUAUGUGCAUUUCCCACGCUUGAUUUGCGGAGGACACGCAACCACACUACCAGUGGGGAGCCCCAAGUUGAGCUGCUCGUGAAAGACUGCUCCAAGCUGAUGGCCUAUACCCUCCCUACGCAGACCGUGAAAACGCAAAUAGAGGCGCUUGAGCACAUUUUCGAGCUCGUCACGCGCUACCCCGGCUUGCGCCGUUUCUUCCUCGCAGCCAAAACCACGCAGCGCAAACUACCAUUGCCAAUAACCAUAAUCAGACUGUGUAAAUUUUGGACGCCCGCCCCGCGACUCUACCUAUCGGAGGACGAUGCGACAGAACUUGAUUUCGUUGCCAAACUCGCCGCGACUUGCCUUGUCGACAGCGAUAUGGCGGCGUCGGUGGAAAAAUGUCCCAGCCAAAACUUUCUCGUCGAGAGCAGCGGCGGAUUGACGAUCAUCGAGUGCUUACUCAUGACAUUAUGGUCUCGCACUCCUGCCGAUCCGUCAGUUGCGCUCUCCAUCAGGUAUCUCAGUGGAAUCCUCGAAUUGCCCUCAUUCUGGCGUCAAUCGGGUCCGCUCUUCUAUAACGUGCUGCGCAAGCUCAGCCAAAGCAUAACCGAAAUACUUGAAGAUCUUGACAUCAAGGAAACCAUCAUUGACUUGAGCGAACCAUUCCUGAUGGACUUCGACGGACUGGAUAUUCUAUGCACCGUUCUGCUAUCCGGAAUUCCCCACCUUGUAGUUCUCGGUGGCAUCGAGCCGGCAUCUCAGUCUCAGCAAGAAUGGUAUCAGAGCGCACUGCGGCUUGUGUCAUUGCUGAGAUUUCCGAAAGCUGAGGCACUGCUACCAAGGGCAUAUGUGUGGGCCACCAGCAAGGAGCUCCAAAGCUGGUUUCCUACGCCGUAUAAGCUCGAAGCCUUCACGAUGGUGGUUCCUUCCCCGAGCUCAGAAGACGUUCUACGCGCAAUACCAGUCGAUGAUGGCCCGGUUUCGAGAGCUACAAUGUUCCAAGUUCUAUCUAUGCAACUCCUGAAUCGAUACCGUGGGCACCAUGAGCCAAAAGCAAGAGCCACCAUACACACGGUGUCCACUGACAUUAACAACAUUCCCCCCCCCUGGGCCGUUUAA